CCGCCCCGCCCGCGCCACAGCGGGGGCGCCCGCGUUCUGGCGCCGUCACGUGACCCCUUCCCGCCGCUACAGGUUCGUCCGUGCAGGGGCGCGCCGCCGCGUGCGGUCCCGCGCGAAGUGGAGUUCCCGGCGCCGCGCGCGAGGGGCCAACACGAGCUUUCCGCCCCUUGCGGACCGGACCGGACCGGACCGGACCCGGACCCUGCCCGCCGGGAACGCUGCCCGGCUGCCGAAAGUGCGGGACCCGAGCGAUGGACUUGCAUAUACAAACUGGCUUCUGUAGUUGAGGUUUGUUCCGUGCUGCUGUUCCUGUUUUCCAGGGGAUGAUCACAGUUUCUUCGUUGUCUUCUCACAUAAGAAAAGCUCUAGAUUAACAGGAUCAAGAAACUGUGUUCUUCUCUGCCAAUCUGUUUGUUCCACUGCUUAGAUAAGUCAUGGCAUACAUCAUUAAAUAACUUCUACUAAAAAAGGUAGUAUUUUGAUAACAGUAUGAAAAAAACGAGUCAUGAUCUGAAAAGUGAACAGUACAUCUUGCAGGCAGACAGACAAAAGCAUUCAAUAAAACCAGCAAUUUACAAUGAUAAAGUUAAAAUGAGUGAAGCGUUCCAGAUUUGGAGAGACCUGUCAGCAGGAGUCGGUUGGUGGGCUGUAGUGCAGCACAGAGCAGGACAGCCCUGGAGAGCUGUUGGUGGAGGCUGCAGAGAAGGUGGGAAGAGAAGGAAGCAGGAAAUAGGAUUGCUGCCUUCAGCGUCCUGGACUACCACUGCUAUAGUGGACCUGCACUUCAAUGUAGUAAAAGCCAUUUUUUUCCACCAACAACUUGAAGCAAAAACACUUCAAGAACUUGAUUCUUCUUCUCAUGUUGCAAUUUGGAGCAACUGAAAGACAAAACAAACAAGAGACUUCUAUCCCAGCAGAAUCAGAAGACUGGACUCAAAAAGACCCCUUGCAUCCUACCCACUGUCCAUUUACCCUGACUUGGGGUUGUUGUACAAGGCAGCGCAGGCUCAGCUCUGCUGUGUGUGCUCACCCGUGAGCUUCUCUUGCUAUUGCCAGUUACCACGUUUGUGCUAUAAACAGGGACUAUUUAGGACCAAAAAACUCUGAGGUGUAUGAAGUGACUUCAAAAAGAAAACUUUGCGUGCCCCGUCUUACCUUUCACACAAACACGUAUAAACAACAACUGUCUCUGGCAGCUGAGCGAGAACAGGUUCUGGAAGAGAAUAAUAAAAUGCCAGCAGAACUGGACUGGCAGCAGCUCUGUGAGAAUGCUGAAAGUAACUGGUAUGGGAAAUCAGAGAACAGAGCACGAAGCCCGUCUUCAGCAGGAGAGCAGGGGGAGGCCGACCGACAGAGAUCGGACUGCAGGCUGCGUGAACUGAAGACUCUUCUUUCUGCCUUGCCUGUUGAGAGAGAACUGGCGACCCAGGCAUCGUUUAAUCACUGUAUUUUACCUGAAGGGGAGAAACAGUGUGAUUAUAAAAGAUUUCUGGACAGAGAUAUCCCAACCCUGGAAGUCAGAGAGCUGCGGGAGCAGAAUGCCAGCCUUCGGGCGGCUGUCGCACAGAUGAGGAGAGAAAUGGAGCGUCUGGACGAGCAGGCGCCGGCUCCUCCUGGGGCAGCAGCCCGCCCGCCCGGGGGCCAGGUGGCAGCUCCGGACACGGCCCCAAACCGCGCGGGGGCGCGCAGCGGGCGCAGUCCUGACCCACGAGGUUCGUUGUGCACAAAUGAAAUUUCAACUGGAACCAGUAUCAAAGUCAGCUCAACUAACUUGGAUUGUGUAGUAAGACCAGACAUAGAAAAGGGGCCAAACCCCAAAGUUCUUGAAGAAAAUAUGGCAAAUCUCAACCAACAAUUACCUGAUGCGGAUCCUGGUGUUGGUCUUCAGUGUGGUGUCAGCUGUACUCUACAAGGAAUGCAAAACACACUGAAGGAAGCAGCAAGAAAAAUCUCAAUUCUGAGCCAAGAGAAGCAGCAGCUGAUUGAAAUGGGAAACAGGCUCAGGGCAGAACUUGCAGUGGUAUUAAAGGAAGGACUGGGGCACCCUGCUGGCUCUGGGCACGGCACGGUUUGCGCGGCCGCUGGCAGUCUGCUUCCGAGAGAGCUUGUCAAAAGAACACAGUGUCAGCUGUCAGCUUUAAAGCACCUACAGCACAGGCUUACAACACAGCUCUGCGACCUUCGGGAUCGUCUCCAUUACUGCCAGAGUUUGUUCAGGCCCAGAGAAGGGCGGCCGUUCCGAGAUCCAGCUGUUCGAUUCUGGUUGUCUCCUCGCAGGCGGCUCUUUCCUGAGAAGGCCCCGCUGGGGCUGCCGCCGCUGCCCUGGGCCCGAGCGCCAGCCCGAGUUCCAGCGCUGCUGCCGCCGCUGCCCUGGGCCCAAGCGCCAGCCCGAGUUCCAGCGCUGCUGCCGCCGCUGCCCUGGGCCCAAGCGCCAGCCCGAGUUCCAGCGCUGCUGCCGCCGCUGCCCUGGGCCCAAGCGCCAGCCCGAGUUCCAGCGCUGCUGCCGCCGCUGCCCUGGGCCCGAGCGCCAGCCCGAGUUCCAGCGCUGCUGCCGCCGCUGCCCUGGGCCCGAGCGCCAGCCCGAGUUCCAGCGCUGCUGCCGCCGCUGCCCUGGGCCCGAGCGCCAGCCCGAGUUCCAGCGCUGCUGCUGCCGCUGCCCUGGGCCCGAGCGCCAGCCCGAGUUCCAGCGCUGCUGCCGCCGCUGCCCUGGGCCCAAGCGCCAGCCCGAGUUCCAGCACUGCUGCUGCCGCUGCCCUGGGCCCGAGCGCCAGCCCGAGUUCCAGCGCUGCUGCUGCCGCUGCCCUGGGCCCGAGCGCCAGCCCGAGUUCCAGCGCUGCUGCCCUGGGCCCGAGCGCCAGCCCGAGUUCCAGCGCUGCUGCCGCUGCUGCCCUGGGCCCGAGCGCCAGCCCGAGUUCCAGCGCUGCUGCCGCCGCUGCCCUGGGCCCGAGCGCCAGCCCGAGUUCCAGCGCUGCUGCCGCCGCUGCCCUGGGCCCGAGCGCCAGCCCGAGUUCCAGCGCUGCUGCCGCCGCUGCCCUGGGCCCGAGCGCCAGCCCGAGUUCCAGCGCUGCUGCUCUGGCCCAGGGGCUUUUCUUCUGGGGAAUCACUCUUACUAGCCAGGCUACAUGUCCUCCCGUGUUCAAGGUCGUCAUUCUUACCAAAAACACAGAGAAUUUAUCACUGUCAUACCUACAGGAGUUUCAGUGUCAGUUACUUUAUAUGACUGCCUCAUGUUUUGUUUCUUUAGUCUUAAAUAUAUAGCAAAAUACUUUGGUGUUUGUUUUCAUCUCCUUUGACAAGUCUGAAGUAGUUUGCUUUUCAUCAAAUCUCACUUUAAUUGCUGCAUGUUUAAAGUUGGUGGAAGUUUGGGGGGUAAUUUGGUUUUUCAAGUUGCUGACAAAUUUCUUUUCUACAGCUGCUUUAUUUUAUUUGU